AUGGCAGCGCGCAUGCUGCGCGGGCUGCGCCGGCCGCUCGCCGCGGCCUUCUCGCAGCGGGCCGCGGCCGCCGCCGAGUUCCGCAGCGCCUACAGCCUGGACAAGCUGUACCCGCCGCAGCGGGACCGGGAGCAGGGCGACGGCGGCGGCACCGGCGGCACAACCGAGCAGCGCGGCCCGGCGGCCCUCGACGUCCCCGUGGAUCGACUGACCGUAUCCUACUGCCGGAGCAGCGGCCCGGGCGGCCAGAACGUCAACAAAGUAAAUACGAAGGCGGAAGUUAGGUUCCAUCUAGCAUCAGCAGACUGGAUUCCAGAAGACGUGAGAGAAAAAAUGGCACUGAUGCACAGAAAAAAGAUAAACCGAGCUGGUGAGCUGAUUGUGAACUCCGAAGAGAGUCGUUACCAAAUGAGGAAUUUGGCGAUAUGUUUGGAAAAGAUCAGAGGUUUGGUGACAGAAGCCACUGAGAAACCCAAGGUGGUGUCUAAGGAGACUUCCCAGCAGCUCAUAGAAAGGGUGGAAAGAAUGAACCGUGAACGACUACGACAGAAGAGGAUACACUCCAGCAUAAAACAGAGCAGGAAAGCAGACUUUGACUGAGAACUGCAGAGACAGAAGUCCUUGGCAUACCAUCUUUUGCAAGAUACAAUGUUGGCAACAACAUAUGAUACCCAACUCUUGAGUUGUACUAAAUAAAGC